CGCGCAGUCGCGCGCGCCACCGCCAUUCACUCAGUAUAUAUAUUCGGGGAGCUGCGGCGCAUUCCGGUGAACAGGUGCUUGGUGAGCCGCCGGUGACAGGAUGGCAGCGGUGGCGAGCGCGGGGGCGGAGGUGCCGUCCUACUUCGUCUGCCCGAUCUCGCUGCAGCUCAUGCGCGAUCCCGUCACGCUCCCCACGGGGAUAUCGUACGACCGCGCCGCCAUCGCGCGGUGGCUCGCGGCGCCGGCCCGCCGGACGUGCCCCGUCACGCGCCAGCCGCUCGAGCCGGGGCUGGAGCUCACGCCGAACCACACGCUCCGCCGCCUGAUCCAGUCGUGGGCGGCGUCCGUCUCCCCCGGGUCGGCGGUGGACGAGGAGGUGGCCGCGCUACGGCCCGUGUCGAGCGACGAGGUGGCGUCGCUCCUGUCCGACGCCGCCGCGGCGCAGGUCGGCGCGCUCAGGAGGCUGCGGGAGCUGGCGGCCGAGUGCGAGGAUAGCAGGGCAAUGCUGGAGUCUCAGGACGGGGUGUUCGACGUGCUGUCUCGUGUCGUCACCAGCGGCAGCGCUUGCUCGACGGCACGCGAGGAGGCGGUUGGGGUCCUCGCGUCGCUCCGGAUCCCGGAGCAGGAGCUGAUCGGCGUCGCGACCAGGCACAGCAACCUGGCGGAGUCCCUCACGUCCGUGCUCCGCUCGUCCAACCUCCAGUCCCGGACGCAGGCGGUGCAGCUCGUGAGGACCCUCGCCGACGCGGUCGUCCCGGCAUGGGUGAUCGGCCUCGACACGGAGCUCCUCGCCGAGUUGGUCGGCGUGGUCCGCGACCGCAUCUCGACGCGGGCCACCAAGGCCUCCCUCCACGCGCUCGCCGCGCUCUGCCCGUACGGCCGCCACCGCGUGAAGAUCGUGGGCGCCGGCGCGGUGGCCGCGCUGGUGGAGCUGCUGCUGGACGAUCCCGAGGGGCGCGUGUGCGAGCUGGCGCUGGCCGUGCUGGACCGGCUGUGCACGUGCGCGGAGGGGCGCGCCGAGCUGGUGGCGCACGCGGUGGGCGUGGCCGUGGUGGGGAAGAAGGUGCUGCGGGUCUCGGAGGCGGCCAGCGAGCGCGCCGUGCGCGUUCUUCGGUCGGUGGCGCGGCACGCGGCGACGCCGGCGGUGCUGCAGGAGAUGGCGCAGGGCGGCGUGGUGGGGAAGCUGUGCCUGGCGCUGCGGUCGGAGCAGUGCGGGGUGAAGACCAAGGAGAAGGCGCACGAGGUGCUCAAGCUCCACUCCAGGGUCUGGAGGGCCUCGCCAUGCUUGUCUCCUAACUUCUUGGCGCUCUACCCAUCAUGAUGACAUUGUUUCUUUCCUUUGUCCAUUCUUUCUUUCUUUUGAUGCCAUUGUUUUCUUCUAAAUGUACUUGAUCGAGAGGGGAGAGCAUGAUUGUGCCUAGAGAAGAUAUGUGCAUCUCAACUGAGCUUUUUUUAGGUUGCUCAUUUAUUCUUUUGAGGAUAAUCUCAUUUCUUUGGUUCUAGAGGCAAUUUUCUUGUCUGUCUUCGAUCUUGCAUGUCAAAUUUCAGACAGAUCCACGCGGAUUCGA